AUGGUGGGAAAAAACUGAAACAGGAGACGGGUUUUUCACUCUUUGCUGACAAAAGCCAAAGAGAAGGGAGCAAAAUCACUUAUUAGCCAUUUCUCUUCCCUGAAUUAGGGUUUCAGAUCUCUGAAUCAGGGCUUUGAAAGGACUGGACUAGGGUUUAUUAUGCGCCAUAUGAGUGGUAUGGAGGUUCUCUAAGGUUUGGAUUAUGCCUGCAUUUGGACAUUCCUGCCUUUUUAAUAUUCAUUGAGUGCAGCAGUGAUAGAUUGAGGUGUUACUGGUUGUUUUGGGGAUUGAUGGUUGGGAUUUGAUUGUAGCAUUUCUGAGGUUCUGGUGUGAGCUUUUGGAUGCUGGUUUGAUCGCUUCAGCAGUUGUUUGAUAUGGGUGUUCUAUUUGUGAUGUUGGCGUUUAUUUGGAAUUGGUUCAUUCACCCGUUUUGGUAUAAUAAGUGGACGCUGCAUUAGUCUAUGGAAUUGGCAGUUGUUGGAAUUGUAAGUACCAGUGUAAUUGGAACUUGUUUGACUUUGAUGUCAUCAAAUUGUAUCGAGUUUUUGUUUCAUUCAAGCUGUUAAUCUCGAACUUUCAGGGCUUUGGAUAAUAAUCGGUAUUAUUGGUCCAUGGAGGUAUUCAUUGAGGUACAACAUUCUGGGAAGUUAUUGAUUACAGGGUUUGUACUUGUGGUGAAUCCGAACUUCUCUGUUUGGAAUUGAACGUUUUGAUGGUUUUUGUAACCUUGAUAUAAAUAUCAUUUGGGUUUUUUCUCAUUUGAAAAAUCCAAGUUAUAGGAAAUUGUUCUUUUUAAAAAAGGACUUGUGCAAUAAGGUUUAUACAGAAAAAACAACUCUAAUUUCAUAGGCUUUGGAAAGUUCAGGUGCUUAGAAAUAUCAAGGACCGAAAUGGGGGCACUUUUUAGCCUUGCAGGAAGCAAGAACAUGGCUACAGAUUACCAUCCCAUUUCCCAGGUCGAUACCAGUAAGAGGCAGCGGCUAUCAGCUAGUAUCGGUGAUGAAGAUUUAAGAUUGAUCCCAAGCCUCCCUGAUGAGAUAUCAAUUCAAAUACUUGCAAGGAUGCCUAGGGUUUGCUACCCAACCAUGAAACUGGUUUCUCGUAGUUGGAAAGCCACAGUCAUGAACCAUGAAAUCUUUCAACUCAGGAAAGAACUUGGCACGACUGAAGAAUGGUUAUACGUUCUAACAAAGGUUGAAGAAGAUAAGCUCUCAUGGCAUGCCUUAGACCCACUAUCAGGUAUAUGGCAAAGGUUGCCUCCUAUGCCUGUUGUUACGUAUGAAGAUGAAUCCAAGAAGUCGGUGGCUGGGUUACGAGUAUGGAACAUGAUGGGAUUCAUAAAGGGUUGGUUGGGUUGUGGGGAUUCAUUAGAUCGAAUGCCCUUUUGUGGGUGUGCAGUUGGGGUUGUUGGGGGUUGCUUAUAUGUCUUGGGAGGGUUUUCCAGGGCUUCGGCAAUGAGAUGUGUAUGGAAAUAUGAUCCAUGUUCCAAUUCAUGGAGCGAGGUGGCACCCAUGAUGGUUGGAAGGGCUUAUUGUAAGAUUGGAUUGCUUAAUAAUAAGCUUUAUGUUGUUGGAGGUGUAAGCCGGGGUCGGGGUGGUUUAACUCCAUUACAAUCAGCUGAAGCAUAUGACCCUGAACUUGGGUUGUGGACCCAAGUGCCUAGCAUGCCAUUCUCAAGAGCUCAGGAUUUACCUACUGCCUUUUUAAUUGACAUGUUGAAGCCAAUUGCCACCGGUAUGACCUCAUAUAGGGGAAAGUUAUAUGUCCCUCAAAGCUUAUAUUCAUGGCCUUUCUUUGUCGAUGUGGGUGGUGAGAUCUAUGAUCCAGUGACGAAUACAUGGUUUGAGAUGCCGGCUGGUAUGGGAGAGGGGUGGCCUGCGAGGCAAGCUGGUACAAAGUUGAGUGUGGUAGUGGAUGGGGAGUUGUAUUCUUUGGAUCCUUCUAGUUCAUUAGAUAGUGGGAAGAUUAAAGUAUAUGAUCACCAGGAUGAUAUUUGGAAGGUUGUUUUGGGAAAGGUCCCAAUUCUUGAUUUUACAGACUCUGAGUCUCCUUAUCUUCUAGCUGGAUUUUUGGGUAAGCUUCAUGUUAUUACAAAAGACAUUGAGAACAACAUUGUGAUAUUGCAAGCUGAGUUGCGAAAAGAUAAGGCCGUGAUUGCUUCGACUUCCUCUUCCACCUCUUCGAGCUCAUCUUGUGAUGGGGAUCAAGUGAAAGGAACUGAAUCAAAUGAUUGGAAGACAAUAGCCAGUAGAAGUUUUGGCAAUGCUGAACUUGUCAGCUGCCAAAUUCUUAACAUCUGACCAUAAUUCGAGAGGUCAGAGAGUGUAUGUUCUGAGAAAAAAAGAUCUGGUCCAACAAACCCACUUUUGAAAGGAGAUAUUUGGAUCGUGUAAGCAUUAAAGAUAAAAUUUUGCAGACUUCAUGGGAUUGGUUCUCUAUUACUGUUUAUGGGAGAGGAAUUUCAAGGGCAAAUAUCUUUGUUAAUUUAAAGCUCUGCCUUUGUCUUAUGUUCCAAAAUACUGCCGAUCUUUCACUGUGACCCCUCCUCUUGAAGAUGCUUAUAAAUUAAAUUUUGAUGAAAGUUCUUUUGGGAAAUCUUUGGUAAGCUGGAGUAUGUGGUCUUCUUAGAGAUCAUGAGGGUAUCACUAUCUUCUCUUAUGCUAGGCCAUGUGGUUCUACCACGGUUAACCAGGCCGAGAUGGUUUCUCUU